GGGGGGAAAACAGCAAAACCCUCCCCAGGAUCUGUGGUGCAAUGAUGGCCGUCCGAUGAUCUAGUCUCACGCAGACAGGGAAUCUAAUCCGACGGCGGAGAAGUGAGGUAGAGGGUAACACGUGAGAUGAGCAGAAGAAAAGGGGAAAGCCAAAAAAGAAGUUAAUAAAAGGAGGAGUGGAUCACUCGAGAAGUGACGUACUUACUUCCCGAUUCCACAGGCCUGCCUGCCGAGCAGCCGACCGACCGAGGAAGCGAGCGCGCGGCACACUCUGCGCCACCAUCCCAACCUUCCUCCAUCCAUUGCCCUGUUCCAUUCAUUCAUUCCGUCCACCCAACAGUCAAUUUCAGCGAGAUAUAAAUGCUCUGUUUCUCUCUCUCCCUCUGUUUUUUCUUUUGCUUUCCCAAGCAACUUAAAUAGCGCAUCUACAAAGGGCAGCAAGCAUCAUCGACUCUUCCUUUCCUCCUGCUCCCACGCACGCACCCCCAAGUCUCUGCUUUCAUUUCUCUUCCCUUCUCUAACUAUCCCCCAGCUCGACCCGCGAGCUUCAAAGCAAACAUUUUUAAUUCCCCACACUGUCAGAUCAAAAAGUUGGUGAAUUUGGGAUUUGGGAAUUUUUUUUGGUGGGUGGGGUUGGGAUUGAGUGAGUACAUGGAUCCGAUGAGCGAGGAGCCCUUCAACUUGGCGGAGAUCUGGCAGUUCCCGCUGAAUGGCAAUGGGAGAGGCCAAUUUGGGCAGAGUUUGGCUCACUUUGCAGACUCUGCCACGGAUAAUGAUCCACCGCCCAAUUUGGAGAACAGAGGAGGAGGAGGAGGUUUCAUGAGGAAGCGCCGGGAUUUGGAAGAAGCCGUCUCCACCAGCAAUGGCAGCGGGAAUGGACUGAAUGACAGUGAUGGGAAACGGAUUAAAACAACAAGAGGAGGGAGUAGAGAUGAUAACUGUGAUGCCAAACCUGAAGAAACAGAGCUUAGUUCAGGGAAGCCGCCGGUGGAACAAAAGGCUCAACCAACCUCCGCAGAGCCACCUAAACAAGAUUUCAUCCACGUACGGGCCCGGCGUGGUCAAGCUACUGACAGCCACAGCCUUGCUGAAAGAGCCAGGAGAGAAAAAAUCAGUGAGAGGAUGAAGAUUCUUCAGGACAUCGUCCCUGGUUGCAACAAGGUACAUUUUUGUUGCAGUGCUUUCCUAACCAGAGACAGAGUCAUUGGGAAAGCUCUCGUCCUUGAUGAGAUAAUUAAUUACAUCCAAUCAUUACAGCGUCAAGUUGAGUUCCUGUCAAUGAAGCUGGAGGCAGUUAAUUCCAGAAUGACUCCAGGGAUGGAUGUCUACCCUUCAAAAGAGUAUGGCCAGCAAACAUUUGAUGCUUCCGGCAUAGGUUAUGGUUCACAAACCACAAGGGAAUUCAGCCGGGGAGCAUCGCCUGAAUGGCUGCACAUGCAGAUUGGUGGCGGUUUUGAAAGAUCGUGAUCAAUUGAUUGGCAAUAAGAGAAGCAGCAAUACGAUACUUUAUAUCCUCCAGAGGGUUAGUUACAUUAUACGCAGCUAAGUUCUGGUUUAAAAGAUAAAGAGAGCAUUAUGUUGUCACUACAGCUACUUCGACAUCAUAACAUGAAUUGAAAGCUGUGGAAUCCCGAACAGAGAUCUCUCCAGUUGUUUGAUCGUUGAAGAAAAGCCCAUUCUUUUACUUCAUACAUAUAUAGAAUCGUUUGUAAGCUGGACUUCACUUUUUUUUCUCCUGCUGUUGUAAUACCUGCUAAGAUGAGAUCCUCCUGGUCCUAUAGCUGUCUAAAUUUCUUGUUGUAAAAGGAAAGUUUCUGUUAGAGAUUUCCUCUCCUGGUAUGCAUGCUCUGUACAAACCCUUUUUGUUUCAUACCUAUCAUAGACAUGGUGAAGCCCAGCUUAGAUCUUUAAUGAAGUAUGAUGGUUCAAUGUUAAACAUAAACCUUCAGUCUUGGUACAAGUCUCACAUAUUUCAGCAGUUGAUCUAAGCAUUCAAAUAUAUAGUGAAACC